AUGAAUAAUUCUAAAACUAACGGAAUUGGUACUAGCAAUAAUACAUGCAAUACUAAACAAAAACCAAAACCAAAAGUAUGGAUAACAUUAAUAACAAAAGAAAACGAUUAUAUUAUCGGUGCAAAAGUUCUCGCAUUUUCACUUCUUCGUGUCGAAUCAAAAUAUCCACUAAUGAUAUUACACACGAAAGCUGUGACUAAAAAAACACUCGACGAGUUUCUUCAGCUUAGGUGUCAAUUACGACAAGUGGAACUUUUGGAACCUCCAAAAGGUGUGACACAAGAAUUGGUUAAUGGGUACAGUGAGACUUGGACCAAAUUGCGUGCUUGGGAAUUGAUCGAGUUUGAGCGUGUUGUAUUUUUGGACGCUGACAUGCUGGUGGUGCGUAAUAUGGAUGAGCUGUUGGAUGAUGAGGAAUUGAUAAAAGAUGAAAAUUGGGUGCCCGAAUCAUGUGUAUAUACUCCUAAAACAGAAUCUAGCAGCAAUCCCACGAUUAUCCACUUUGAAGAUUAUUUCAACUCUGGAAUGUUAGUUCUAAAACCCAACGAUAAAAUUUUCGCUUGCAUGCUCAAAAAACUAUACAAUCAUCCCAAUCCAGACGCUUUAAUAUUUCCUGACCAAGAUUUUUUAAAUGAAUUUUUCAAUUCACAUUGGGUUCGACUUCCGUACAUUUAUAAUGCAUUGAAAACCCUACGAAAUUGCCACUCCUACAUGUGGCAUGACGAUCAAGUGAAAAAUGUUCAUUAUAUUCUUGAUAAACCGUGGAGAAUUACCGAUCGCGAUUCCGCUGAAAUUAAAACUAAUGAGUUGAAUUUGCGGUGGUUCAAGUGUUUUGACGAGAUGAAGAAAUAUGAAGAAUCUCAUUCUCAUAAUAAUAUCGAUUUGUCCCAGAGAAAAAUUGUGCAGGAAUUGUGA